UGACUGAAACUAUUUACAUUUAAGGACGAUGAUGACAUUUAUGCCUCGUGCCUUUAAGAGUGAUGUAACGUCCACCAGAAGCCAUAAAAGUUGGGGACAUUUUAGCUCCUGGCAGAAUCGAACCUCCACCUCACAUCGUCUCAGCUCCCAAAGCAACCAUGUCACCUUCCUGCUUCGUCCUCCUGCUGCUGCUGCCUCUGAUCUCAGCUCAGACUGUCCGCUGGGGGCGCUGUCCCUCUCCGCCUGUGCAGCCAGACUUCAAACUCCAGGAGUACAUGGGAAAGUGGUACGAGAUAGAGAAGAUCCCUGCUUACUUUUCUUAUGGGAAGUGCAUUGAAGCAAACUACUUGCUGAGAAAUGAUGGCACUGUCCUGGUGCGCAACUCUCAGGUCGUUAAUGGCACAAGGAUGGAGGUAGAGGGGACGGCUAAGCUUAUGGACCCUCGUGAACCAGCAAAACUUGGAGUCAGCUUUUCAAGAUUUAUUCCCUACAGGCCAUACUGGGUUCUAACCACCGACUACACCAAUUUUACCGUAGUGUAUUCCUGCACUGAAAUGUUUGGUGUGGGCCAUAUUCACUUUGCCUGGAUUUUGUCACGCUCGCCAUCCCUGCCUGAUGAGACUGUGCAGCGUUGCAAAGAGAUGCUGAUGAGAGAAGGAAUCCAUGUGGCUGCGAUGAAGCCCACGAAGCAGGACUGCGCUCCAGAGGAAGACCAUGAUGGCAGUGGAGAAAAAGAGAACUAGAUAGCGAUUUGGCUUUUAUUUUAUACAUUUACCUCUCCAAAAACUUCAUACUUUGGUAUAUUUGUUGGUAUGAUUUGUUGGCAUAUUUUUAAACUUUGCCUCCUUUUAAGCUAAAAUCAGGAAAAUAUGACUUGUUUUUAAAUGAACCAUAUUUUUUUAAUUAUUGAUGGAAGGGAAAUUUACUUUGCUGUUGAAUAAACCAAAUCACAGUGUUGGCUUUGGUUUAAAGUACAUCGUCUUCACUAUCUUUCCAAUUAUCAAGCCAUAAAUUCUUCAGCGCUUUGAAAGCUUAGGUAAGGAUCCUUGUAGAUGUUUACUUUUUAUUCUGUUUUUUCUAUUUGUAUAAAAAGAGAAACAUCUGAAUCAUAAAGCUUUAUGAUCUUUAAAUGAUUAUCAACUCUAACAUAUAUAGGGUGACAAUGUAUUGUUGGAUAACAUUGCUAUUCAACUGAACUGCUUAGGGGAAGAAAGAGUAAAAAUAAA